AAUCAGCGAAGAGCAGCGGCCCUGUGCACUUGCAGCACCUGGGAGAGGAGGACCGUACCUGAACUGUACACAACAGCAGCCCCGGACCGAGCAGACACGUUUAACAGGAGAAAAUCUCCGGAAAGCCCCCAUUUGUUGCUGCAAACUUCUCGGAUGGUUUUAAAAAUGCCAUCCAGGUUCGGAUCCCUGGUGAAGGAAGCCUGCGCACUGCUCGAUAAAUUCACAUCUGACAGCCGAGAUGUGGACGUGUUCCUGGAGGAGGCUUCCACGGAUCUGCAGAGCAUUGGUCCUACGGAGAGAAAAUUCAUCCUGGAAGUUGUUUCUGGAUGUGUUGAGUAUAAAAAGCUGCUUAAUGUUGUUAUCAGUGCGUUUUAUGGUCAGCAUAGGAAGUGGCUGUGCAGAGGUGACCGCAGCCAGUUCAUCGUUAUCUGCUACCUUGCCAUAUUUUCUCUCAAUGACCUUGGGCUUGGGCAUUUUAGCGGCAUAGUUAAAUCUCUCGGCCCCCUAAAGAUGCACUUGUUUCUGGACUUUUUCUUCUCAAACCUCACCUCAUGGAUACAAGAUGAGUGGAACAGCAUCUAUGAGGCUGAAUUUGUGGAGAAGCACUGGAUCGGCCCUCUGCUCAGGUGGCGCCCUGAGAUCAACCUUCUCAUGGAUCAGCUUGCUGUCCCAAAAGAGAGUGACGUCAGAAGAGCUCCAGUUAAAACCACCCAGUGUCAGGAGUUCAACCUCAACAAACCCAAACCUCGAUCUCUACCCAUGCCGGAGCUGAUCCCUUUGCAAGAACCAACCAAACCAGUACCAAACACCACUUAUACGGCUCCAAGAGAAAUCCAGAUAAUCGAAGAGAUUAAAGAGAAGAACCAACAAAAGGCUCAGGAGCUUCUGUUUGAGGCAAAUAUGACCCGGUUCAGAUGUGGGAAUCCAGAGAAAUCGGAGCACACAAAGGCAGUGAUUUCUCAGAUUAAGGCAGACCUCGACUCCGAGCUGAAGUUUGAUUCCUUUCAUUCAUCAGGAAUUCCUCCCAGCAUUAAGGCUAAAAGCUGCUCAGUCAAGCUUAAUAACGCAGCCAUCCGGAGAAGAGAGGCUUUGCAUGACCGUCAGGUGAAGGAGGAGCUACAGAGAAUAGAGCGGCUGAUGCAAGGAGCUCGAGACCCUUCGCCCUUCCUGCAGAGGCAGAAGGAGGUUCUGGAGAGGGACCUUCAGGAAAAGCUGCAGACGGCUGAACGAAAGCGCCUGGAGACGCAGAUCAGUGAACAGGAGGCAGCUCUGGCUCGGAACCGGGUUGCUGAACGAAACCAAAAGACCGCUCAGCUAAAAAAAGAAGAGACUGCUCAGCUCAUGCAAAGAUAUGCAGAAAAACGGCUGCAGGAGGAAAAACAGCUCAGAGACUUGAUGCAACAAGUGACUGACAGUCAUUAUAACUCCAAAGCAGCUAAAGAAAAGAUCAAGCAAUUAAAGCAGAGAAUUGUGAAGGAAGUAUCAGAGCAAAGUCAGGAGCUCCUCCGUCAAGCGCUCGAGGAGCAGCAGGAGGAGCUCUGCAGAAAGUUCAAAAUCAUCCAAGAAAUCCACGCCAUUGAGUCGCUCCCUCGCAUCAGGCCGAACAGCUUUGAUGACACGGAGACUGCAGGCCACGAGCUGCUCAGCGAGAUGUCCCUGGCUGAGCUGAAGGAGAGGCUGGCUCUGCUGAGGCAGCAGCAGGAGAAAGAGCAGGAGGAGAGACGGAGAAACAUUCUGGAGGAGAAGCAGAAGAAGAAGCAGGAGAUCCUGGAGGCGCUGGAAAACAUUGAGCUCCACGAGAGAGUGCUGGCAAAGGAAGCUGCUGAAAGGAAUGAGAAGAAGAAGGCCAACCAGGAGCUCCUACAGCAGGUGGUGGCUCAAGAUGAAACCAUCGUGGCUCUGAAGAAGAAGCUCGAGGAGAAGAAGCAGGCGUCCCAGAGAGUGAAGCAAGAAGAGAGGAGCAGGACUAAUCCCUGCAAGAAGACCCCCACGGGAACAAAUAUUCAGAGAGAUUUAAAGGAGAAAACAUGGGAGGAACUGGAGCGGAGCUUAGCGUGUUAUAUCCAGGAUACUCCAUGAUUCGCCCUCUAUGG